AAAAAAAAAUGCUGGGGGAAUCAGAGGGGUCAUUGUGGCCAACUGCCUCAUUUUAUUGAUGGGUAGAUUGAGUCCCAGAGAGAAUUAGUAGUUACCCAUGAGUAAAUAUCUAAUUAUUAACAAAGCAUAUAACACAUUUCUCCUCAGGGCUCUGGAUAUUAUUUCACAAAAAGGGAUUAAAAUUCAAGGGAUCAUUCCUGACAUCCAAUAAAUGACCAGACUACUGAAAGAGGAAUCUCAUUAAGGCCUGUCUCUUAGCAUGUGUUUCCCCUGCUCAAAAACCUCAUGACUCUUUGCUUUCCAUUGAAUAACGUCAUGACAUCCUUUGGGGUCUACCCCAACCUACCUCUUCAGAGUCCUCUCUUAUUUUCCACAUAUUAUAUCCUUCAGACGAUUCCCCGUUUCUUAGUGCUCCAUAUGUGAAGUCUGCAGAGAUCCUGCUUCUUGAAGGCACUGUUCACAUCCGACCGCUUCCCUGAAUCCUCCACUUGCCACACCAGGGACUUUGCUGCCAUUGCCGUUUGUGUUUGCUCCAUGGCACUUAACCACGUUCGAUCUUUCUUUACAGCUUGUUGCUUCUGCAUUGUAAGAGGCAGGGACUAACUUGUUAGCCUUUUUCUCUUCCACAGUGCCUCUUAUGUAAUAGGUAACCAUCUAAUGUUUGUUGAUUUAAAUAGCCAUUUACCUGCCUUUUUGAUUUCUGGCCUCAUUUUCCACUUCUUAAAUAUGUUGUAUGAAUUAACUAGAAAAGAGAUUUAAGAAAUGAAUGUUUUUGAUGCUUCUCUGGCAUGACAGGUAUCUGGGAAAAUGUGAAAGCAUACCUAACUUCAUUCUGGGAAGAGUGUUUACACUAUAAAAUCACCCACUCACCAGAUCAAAGUAAAAGGAAGUACUUUUCCUUCCUUCAGUCAUAUGACUAACUGUCUGCAGGUGGGAGCUUGAGAAGCUUUUGAUUGGAGUAUACACUAACUGGUGACAUGAAUUCCAGAAAAGCAAAGCUCUCAAAGGAGAAGAGUUCUGCCUCUAGGUUAAGGGAUGAAGUCCUGAAAGGUUUCAGAUGUUCAAGGAUUAGAAAGGUGGACUUGGAAGAUGGGGAAUGGAGGUCCAGCUCGAGCUGCACAGGAAAGCAUUUAUUUAUACUCCUUGUGGCAUACUAAAGGAUUAAAGAGGCAGGGGAGACUGAUAAAUGACCUGACCUGGGCUUCUAAAGGGGGACUGUUUCUCUUUCGUACAACUUUUCCUGCAAAACCUUUAGAGCAACAGAAUGCCUCUAUCUUCAGCAAGUAAAGCAGCCAAGCCGGUUUGACCAGCUUGAGGGAAACACCAAACAAAGCUGGCAACUCCAAUCUCAUGCAUACUAGUUACUCAUUAUCUUCUGGCCUCUGGAAAAAGAUAGAGUAGCUCCCUGAUUGGAUCCUGAGGUUGAAGUAACUCCACAUCUCUCUCUGUCCUCUGACCAGAGCAACAAGAAGAGUAUCUGGAAUGCUUGGGAGACAUUUUAAGCAGGACAAAUCCAGCCUUAGGCUAGACUGCACCUGUCCACAGCCCAGCCCAGGCCCAUGGAAAAGAAAAGUAAAACCUUUGUCUUUAAGCACAUAAAAUAUGUGUGAAACCCACAAGGCUGGAAAAGAAAGGGAAGUGGAGGACAAAAGGCACUGGGACUCUAGCUGGGAGCAUGAAGACUACGGGAGUCUACGGAAAAGGAAGCUUACGGUGCUGGACGGACUCUACAGAGAAAAUGACUUGGAUCCCAGGUACUGGGCCAAAGGGCAGCAUCGGCCCUACAGAAAAAGGGAUUGUGGAUACUGGGAUUUUGAGCAGAGUGAACCAAGCUAUAUGGACUCUGGGGAAGCACACGAAAGUGAAAUGGGCUGUGUGUACCACAGAGGUCAUGAUGGUUAUAGGAGUCCGGAACAUGUAGAUGAUGAGAAUCCCAGCCCUGGGACAAAGGAUAAUUCGCCUAUGGGAAGCCCAGAUGUGACCUGGAAAGCUGGCGGAUACAGAGAGGCAAAUGGCUACCCAGAUCAUAAGAAUCUGAAUUAUAAUCCUGAGGACUCUGAAAAGGCUAAACAGUGGACUGGCUGUAGGAGUUUGGAUGAUUCUUCAGCGAACUUAGUUCGACCUCAGUUGUGGUAUAUAGACCAUAAGAAUGUUAAUUAUAAUCUUGAGGAUUGUCAGGAAACUAAUUUUUAUUAUAGAGAACACAGCGAUUUAUAUCACGUUCCUAGGAAUUAUCCUAUUGGUCAGUCUGUGAGCUUUUCAGAUUUGAAUUGUGUCAAUGAAGAUAAACAAUUUAUCAAGUACCAUGAAGGGGACAGGAAUGUUUAUCAAAAUGACAAAAUCUAUCCCAAAGCAAAGACUCAUAUCAUGGAUCAGGGUAAUUUUGAUACAGAAAAUAAAGGCUAUGAUGCUUUAUUUGCAAACUGUGUAUAUGAAUCUCGUAAUUCCAGAGGAACAGAUUCUCUCCAUCAAAUGGAGAAUUUGGAGUAUAAUGGCAUUGACAUACCAAGAAUGACAGCACAUGGGGGCAGUGGGAUCCUCCCGGAUGGCUUGCAGACCCAGCGUACCAGGGGAGACCACGGAGAACGUCAUUUGGGGAUUCCUCAGAGCUCGUCAUUAGAGAAGAACAUCUGGCAUUUAGAGGAAGAGAGAAAAUUAAAUGGCCCAGAGACUUGGAGAAGGAAUAGUUGCCUCCGCCGCACAGCACCCAGCACCCUGAGGCGCUCAGAGUUCGUGCAAAACAGGAAGAAAACCCAAGAAAUGACGCUCCUCUCCUCCCAGUCUUCAUCACUGGUAGCCCCUUCUGGGCCUGUGUCCACCGAAAACCCAGAGCAGAGGAUGCUGGAGAAGAGAGCCAAGGUCGUAGAAGAACUGCUUCAGACAGAGAGAGACUACAUUCGGGAUCUGGAAAUGUGUAUUGAGCGGAUCAUGGUACCCCUGCAGCAGGCACAGGUACCAAACAUUGAUUUUGAGGGCCUUUUUGGAAAUAUGCAGAUGGUGAUUAAGGUCUCGAAGCAAUUAUUGGCUGCUCUGGAAAUCAGCGAUGCUGUAGGACCUGUGUUUCUUGGUCACCGGGAUGAGCUUGAGGGAACAUACAAGGUUUACUGCCAGAAUCAUGAUGAGGCCAUUGCGCUGCUGGAAAUCUACGAGAAGGAUGAGAAGAUCCAGAAGCAUCUUCAGGACUCCUUGGCAGAUCUGAAGAGCCUAUACAACGAAUGGGGAUGCACAAAUUAUAUUAACCUGGGCUCCUUCCUCAUCAAACCUGUACAGAGAGUAAUGCGUUACCCACUGUUGCUAAUGGAGUUGCUGAAUUCCACCCCAGAAUCCCACCCAGAUAAAGUGCCUUUAACCAAUGCAGUCCUUGCGGUCAAGGAAAUCAAUGUUAACAUUAAUGAAUAUAAACGGCGAAAGGAUCUGGUCCUCAAGUACCGUAAGGGUGAUGAAGAUAGCCUUAUGGAGAAGAUUUCCAAACUGAACAUCCAUUCCAUCAUCAAGAAAUCCAACCGAGUUAGCAGUCACCUGAAACAUCUCACUGGCUUUGCUCCUCAGAUAAAAGAUGAAGUAUUUGAAGAAACAGAAAAAAACUUCCGAAUGCAAGAAAGAUUGAUUAAGUCUUUUAUCCGAGACUUGUCUCUCUACCUCCAGCACAUCCGGGAGUCGGCGUGUGUGAAGGUGGUGGCUGCUGUGAGCAUGUGGGAUGUGUGCAUGGAGAGAGGACACCGAGACCUCGAGCAGUUUGAGAGGGUGCAUCGCUACAUCAGCGACCAGCUCUUCACUAAUUUUAAGGAGAGGACAGAGCGGCUUGUCAUCUCCCCCUUAAAUCAGUUACUGAGCAUGUUUACAGGGCCCCAUAAGCUGGUACAGAAACGCUUUGACAAGCUCCUGGACUUCUAUAACUGUACAGAACGGGCAGAGAAGCUAAAGGACAAGAAGACCCUGGAGGAGCUGCAGUCGGCCCGGAACAACUACGAGGCCCUGAAUGCGCAGCUGCUGGACGAGCUGCCCAAGUUCCACCAGUACGCCCACGGCCUCUUCACUAACUGCGUCCACGGCUAUGCCGAAGCCCACCGUGACUUCGUGCACCAGGCUCUGGAGCAGUUAAAGCCACUGCUUUCAUUACUUAAAGUGGCCGGCAGGGAAGGAAACCUGAUUGCCAUCUUUCACGAAGAGCACAGCAGAGUUCUGCAGCAACUCCAGGUUUUCACCUUCUUCCCGGAGUCUCUUCCAGCCACCAAGAAACCGUUUGAGAGGAAAACCAUUGAACGCCAGUCUGCUCGAAAGCCACUCCUGGGCCUGCCAAGUUACAUGCUACAGUCAGAAGAACUCCGGGCCUCCCUCCUGGCCAGGUAUCCCCCUGAAAAACUCUUCCAAGCAGAGCGGAACUUUAAUGCUGCCCAAGACUUGGAUGUCUCACUUUUGGAAGGUGACCUGGUGGGUGUGAUUAAGAAAAAAGACCCUAUGGGCAGUCAGAACCGCUGGCUGAUUGACAAUGGAGUCACCAAAGGCUUUGUGUACAGCUCCUUCCUAAAGCCCUACAAUCCUCGCCGCAGCCACUCCGAUGCCUCCGUGGGCAGCCACUCCUCCACAGAGUCUGAACACGGCAGCUCCUCCCCCAGGUUCCCACGCCAGAACAGCAGCAGCAGCCUGACCUUCAACCCCAGCAGCAUGACUGUGUCCUUUACCUCAGGUGCUUGCCCGAGGCAGCCUCAAGAUGCAUCUCCACUGAAGGAAUGUGACCAAGGGACUCUCGGUGCAUCCCUGAAUCUGGGUAAUUCAGAGAGUGGUCCUUCUAGAUGCCCUUCAGACCCAGACUCUACUUCCCAGCCAAGGUCAGGGGACUCUGCAGAUGUAGCUAGAGAUGUAAACCAACCCGCUGCCACCCCGAGGAGCCACCGGAACUUCAGGCAUCCAGAAACGGUUGGCUACUCUGUACCAGGACGAAAUGGGCAAGGUCAAGACCUCAUAAAAGGAGGUGCAAGAGCAGCCCAGGCUCCUGAAGACAGAAGUCCAGAGCCAGAAAGCAGUGAUGCAGAAGGCAACCAGGUCUAUUUUGCUGUCUACACCUUCAAGGCACGAAACCCAAAUGAGCUGAGCGUGUCAGCCAAUCAGAAACUCAAGAUCCUCGAGUUUAAAGAUGUUACAGGAAAUACAGAGUGGUGGUUAGCUGAGGUUAACGGGAAGAAGGGCUACGUUCCAUCCAAUUAUAUCCGCAAAACCGAGUACACCUGAGCCCACGCUGCCCGCCACCCAGCCUUACUGCUUUCAGUCUGCCGAGGGUUCUGGCGGCCCACCAAGAGGGCGCCUGCUCCUGAGACACAGGCCCUGUCUGCGUUGCUUAACUGUGGCAUGGUGGAGUACACCACGGAUCUCGUUCUCCUCGAUUGGGUUGUUAACCUUGAUGCUCACUAGAAUCUCUAGAAUUUGAAAUGGACCCUGGGGCUUUGCAGAUGACUUAGUGACCGUGAGAAGAGAGACAAGUUCUGGAGCUGGCCUUUGGAAAGGAGAAACUUGCAAGCAGAAGCCCAGUGACCUGUCUAUGCAGGAAGCUGUGCUCUAACAAUAGACAAUAGACAAUGUUGGCAUUGGUUAUGCUGUACUGCGUUUGGGGUGGCCCCAUGUUCCAUGCUCAGACAGCAACUCAGAUGAAGAGAAGAAUUAAUGGCUCUGGGCACCCCACGAGGCAGUGCUUGCACGUGGCCAGGAGUUUGUUGGGAUUGAACCAAACUUAGUGCUUCAAAGCUCCUGGGACACCUCCAGUGCCUAGCAUACGGUCUCAUAUACGUGCUCCCCCUAAUUUCAACACUACCUUCUGUAAUAUUGUUUUUCACUCUAUUCCCAGAUUGGUUAUGCAAAAUUCAACUGCCUUCUACUUUUAGAAGUGUUUAGGGUCUUUCUUUUCUGUUGACCCUUCAUCUGAAAGAUUCUCUUCCCUUGUUAGAUACAAUCACUGACACUUUCUGAGAUGGAGUCUUGCUAUGUUGCCCAGGCUGGUCUUGAACUCCUGGGCUCACGCAACCCUUGGGCCUCCACCUCCCUGCUGGGAUUACAGGCAUGAGCCAUCACACCCCAGCCUCAGUGACACCUUUCUGAUGGCCAUCUUUUCUUUACAUAGUCUGUGUGUAAUGUCUGUGGCCCCCUGCCCUGGGCUCGAUAACCAAUAGAUUUUCCUAGAGUAACAGUAUGAGAGCUCCAGCCAUUCCAUUAAAAGUAUUACUUCUGCCUUGAGCUGAAACCAGUUGAGCCCAGUGAAAAACUGGAUGUCUUUCUCCUUCAUCCAAGCACCCUACGACUGUUUAGUUAUAUCUGUAGAUGCAGACAACGGAACACAUGUGACUUAUUUGAAUUGGGAUAAGGCGUUCCAGAAGUAGCUUAUCCUAGACUUGGAAAUGAGAUUUUCUUUUUCACCACUAACUUCUAUGCUUCAGAGAUGACAUUCAAAGCCAGAUUCCCAAGUGCCUGAUCAUACCUCCCAGUCUCAGGAAGAUAUUUGCUACCCCUUAGACCAAGAAUCUUAAGAUCUUCCCCAGCUACGAAGCUUAUCUUGGAAUGGGAAACCAUGAGUUUUGUCUUUUAAAAGAAAGGGAAGAAAGAAUAGCCUUACAGCCCCUGCCACUCCGAGUGCACAUUUAGCCUUAAAUCCUGGGAAUCUGGGGAGACACCAUGGAGUCCUUACAUCCACAGUGUCUCUGCUGGUCACGGUCAGAAGGCAGUAACGCGAGUCCUUUUGUGAAGAGUGUUUCUACUUAGAGGUGUUUAUAUUUAAGUAGUUCUUUUAUAAAUAAAAGCAUUUCUAAUGGCCA